AUGCAACAUUUCCUCGGCGACAUCAACUAUCACUACUAUAUCAUAUACCCACCCGUCUUCUUGCAGGACUACCACAUCUGGUGGGAUAGGCGCUCGCAAAGCCGGCCGCUGUCGCUCCAAUACACAUGUCUACUGGCUAUCAUCUGCGCGUGUGCUCUACAGCAUGUGGAAAAUGCCACCGAAAAGGCACUGGAGAGGGAACUGGGAGACACCAUGGACGUGGUGUCUGAUCAGCUCCAUGCAGCCAUGAGAGAACUUGCCAGUGUCAUCCCCGUUGGGCACUAUCACUACCUCAAUGUCCAGAGGCUCUUGCAUUCUUGUUACUGGUAUAAAGCAGAAGCCAAGUUCCUCGAGGCAUGGCACGUUUUAAGUGCUGCCAUUUUGGAGGCCAAUGAGUUGGGCUAUCAUAAGGAGCCCGCACGCGGUACCGUCAGUGAAUUUGACCUCGAAAUGCGCAGAAGGUUAUGGUGCAUUUUGGAUACUUGGGACUGGCAGAUAUCUUCUGGCCUAUCUAGGCCCAAGAUCAUACAUCGAGCCGACUGCGAUGCCGAACUUCCCGAAUUAACACUGGAGGGCCACAUUGUGUCUCCCCUGCAACAUAUGAAGAUGCAGUCUGGUUUGACUCGCCAAUUAGCGUCGCGGUUUAGCGCCCCCAAGAACAUAAUCUCCCCGUGCGAAGUUCAAGAGUACAAAGCCAUCAUUGAGAAAUGGGUGGACGAUUUCCCACCUGAAUACGCGUUUGAGAAUCCUGACACAAGCAAAGAUGAUAAAUGUGCCUGGUUAUUUUCACACAGGUUUUAUGUCUACACCAUGGCAUGUCUCUUAAUUUUAAACCCAAUCAGGCACUAUAUGGUAAAACAGUACACCUGGAAUUCUGACCCCGACGAACUCAACAUCCGAUCCGUUGGCGUUUGGUAUAGUCUCAAACUGAUGAAGACUUUACGCCGAUGGGUUGAUAAGAUCUACAAUCGUGACGGUCGCUUGCAUUUCAUCAUCUUCUCGAUUUUCGAUACUGCUGCCAUCCUGUGCACCGCAAUUCUCAAAGACACAGAAUAUACUAUAUCCAAUCGUGCCGAUGUCUUGGCAUCAAUUGGCGACGCCGUCGACAUGCUUAAGAAACUGAAUGCGAUCUCAAAAACAUCCAAAACCUCCUACGACAUCCUUGAAAGACUUGUGAGAAGACUACCCGAAUCCGUUCCUCGCAGAGACUUGGAACGUCAAGUAAAGCGCGCGAGGGUUAAUAUCAGAUCACCGCCACCAUCUGACCCUAUCCAGCACGAAAGGUCUUCAGUUCUCCAAGUGUCUACACCCGUUGUGCCUCCUCCGGCUGCGGUAGCUGCCACAAAUCGGGUUGAGAGGCCUCUUGCCGAAGUCGUAGCUGCCGCCCCCCUACCAACGGCUCCCAUGCCAAACUCCAUGGUAGCGCCCAUACCCGCCCAAUUGGCGCACCAGACAAUGGCAACUCAGCACGUCAACUACAGUAACAACGGUACUUCCGAGUAUGAGAAUCAAGAGAUGCCGCAGAACGUCGGCUAUAUUUCAUUCAAUGACCCAGGAAUGCCGAUAUCCUCCCAUUUUGCGGAUGAACCACAAGCGUCACAGAGGUGGCCAAGCGGCUCUGAGAGUCUACCCCCUCCUCCUAUGGACGAGCAUACAAGGCCCUCUUUCACCACAAUAAAUAAUCCUACGGGGUUGGGCAGUGGCAUUUACCAACAACAAAUUGUUGACCCGGGUCCAGAAUUUGACAUUGAAAAUUUGACAACUGCCCAAAUGGGAGAAUUGGCUCCUCUUUGGACCUGGCACUCUGAAAACUUGGACUUUGCAAAUAUGCCCCCGCCAACACCAGGACCCAACGGGUACUCAAGGCCAAUGUGA